AAGAUGCGAAUCAUUCCAGAGUGUCAGAAGCUAAAAUGCCUAAUUUAUUCAUCGUUGCAGUAAAAACCGACAAUUAUUAUCGCACCAUAAGGAAUAAAUGGCUCUGCUUUCUUUCCCAACCUCCAACCAGCCAAAAGCACUGACGCUGUCGGUGCUCCCAUCUAACGUCUCCAUUAAUCCCCGUACUCCAUUGACGCCUUUCUCCUCCCAUCCCCACCACCAUUAAACCACUCUCAACCACCGGCGUUAAUAAAUUCAAGAGCUCUCAGCUCUUUUGGAGCCCUUAUCCUUUUCUCACGCCGCCGAAAUUUGACGGACGCCCCCAAUAACUCCAAUUUCCAGAUGGCUAUAGAGUUUCGCUAGUCGACGAAAUCCACCGUGACGACGUGGGGAUUACUUUUGUGGGGUUCACUGGAUUUAUAAUGGCGUCCUCGGAGCUGUCCCAGUUCCAAAUUUUCCCAAUGGCUAGGCACAAUGGUCGGAGCAAAGCGGCGGCGUUUUUCGCCGACGGGUUUCUUUUCGUCGGUGGGGUUCUGGUGGCUUUUCUGGUGGUCUGUGCCAUCUGGUCUUUCUUCAGUCCCAGCCCCUCUCCGGCUCCUAGUUUCUCCACCUCCGUUGUUUCGUCCAGGGAAUCCUCAGAUAUUUCUGCCGCUGCCGCCAACCCAGCGGUUAGCUGCGGCGAUGACUCGGGCCCUAACCUGGGCCACGACCCACCCGAGCAGAAUUUCUACGACGACCCGGAACUGAGUUACAGCAUCGAUGCUUUGCCCGUUAAGAAUUGGGACGAAAAGAGAAGAGCGUGGCUGAAGCAGCACCCGUCUUUCUCGGCCGGAGCAGAGAAUCGAAUUCUAAUGGUGACUGGCUCCCAGGCCAAACCGUGCAAGAAUCCCAUAGGCGAUUACCUUCUGCUAAAGCUGUUCAAGAACAAGGUGGAUUACUGCAGACGCCACGGCAUCGACAUCUUCUACAACAACGUCUUGCUCCAGCCGAAAAUGUUCUCCUUUUGGGCCAAAACUCCCACCGUGAAGGCGGCGAUGCUGGCCCAUCCGGAGGCGGAGUGGAUCUGGUGGGUGGAUUCCGACGCAGCGUUCACGGACAUGGACUUCAAGCUGCCGCUCCAUCGGUACAAGGACCAUAACUUCGUGGUCCACGGUUGGCCGAGUUUGAUCCAGGAGAAGAAGAGCUGGACCAGCAUCAACGCCGGUGUGUUUCUGAUCCGGAACUGUCAGUGGGCCAUGGAUUUCAUGGAGGUGUGGGCCAGCAUGGGCCCACAAUCACCCGACUAUGAGAAAUGGGGUGAAAUCUUGAGCACAAUGUUCAAAGAUAAGAUCUUCCCGGAAUCGGACGAUCAGUCCGGCUUGGUUUAUUUGAUUUUAAAAGAAAAAGAAAAAUGGGGUAAUAAAAUCUACGUGGAGGGUGAAUACUAUUUUGAGGGGUACUGGAUGGAAAUUGUGGGCACAUUUGAUAAUAUCACCGAGCGGUACACGCAAAUUGAGAAGGAGGUUCCGGCGCUGAGACGGCGGCACGCAGAGAAAGUGAGCGAGAGCUACGCUAGGGUGUGGGAGGAGUACCUUAAGGAUGCUGGGUACGGGAGGGGGAGCUGGCGGAGACCGUUCAUCACCCAUUUCACUGGGUGCCAGCCUUGCAGCGGAGACCACAACCAGAUGUACUCGGGGCAGACUUGCUUCGAUGCAAUGCAGAAAGCUCUGAUCUUUGCUGAUAAUCAAGUUCUAAGGAAUUAUGGGUUCGUGCACCCCGAUUUACUGGAUCCCUCCACGGUGAAUCUCCUGCCCUUUGACUAUCCUGCUUGAGGGUUCGUGAUUAGAGUAGUAGCAAUUCAUUUUUUCUUUUUAUGGCCUUCUAUUUUCUAAUUUAUUAAGAGUAUAAUGUUGUAAUAUAAUAUAUAGUAUGUAAUUUGUGUGAGCAUAUAGGUAUAUAAGUAUGCGAGAAAAUGUGUCCAUUUUCCUGUCAAUUUGGCCCUUACCCUUAAUUUUCUUGGGGUAAUUGAGUUGGUAAUGUUACAACCUAGUGGAAUGCUGCAUUGAUCUGAAGGUUGCAAAUAUAAAUAAUGUAGAUCACAUGUCUAUAUGUGUAUUUAAAACUACCCCGACAUUGAUUUUUGUGUAGUAAGUGAGUUGUACUAAGUUUUCAGUAUAUAGGUGAAGUACUAGCUCCCAUCUGUCCUAGCCUUGGAUUCGCCUAUUAAUUUGGUGGUGUAUUGUAUUGUGUCUUA